AGUGCGUAGAGAAUACCAAAAUGGUAAUGUAAUCGUGUACAUAAUCGUUUAAAUAUUUUAUUCAGAUAUUUCUUUGAAGGAAUAUUAAUUUACUUCCAACGUUAUCGAUGGAGAAAUCGGAUCAGCAUGCAUUUUUUUAUUUUGUAAAUUGACUUAAAGAUCAACAGUAUGUAAGUUUACCGUCUGGAACGGUUAUUUAUAUCUUGCAAUUGAAAUCGAAAGUAGGAAUUCCCUUAUUUUCCAAUAAUUAUUAAUUUGAAAAUAACUGUAAAAUACGUAUACAGAUAACGAUACGGGAGAAUUUAUUACAAAAGCAAGAUCGUUUAGCUAUAAACAAAAAUGGGAAACAAAAUAGCCUCACGUAAUGAAAAAAAUGUGAGUUCGAAAUCGGAGGAGGAAGAAGUGGCGGAAUUACAGCGUCGUGUAAACCUUGUCAUCAUGUACCUAGAUGAACACGAAAAUGCUGUUGAUAAUAUUAGCCAUAGUGUACAAACUCAAAUGGCAUUAGUACUGAUGCUUUCCCAUAAAAUAAGUAACAUUGUUAGCAUUAAAGAAAUAGACGGACAAGUAAAAAAGAAUGAUUGUCCAGUAGCAGCAGUUACUUGUUUGCACUGUACAAGUGAAUGGCAAGACUACACAGACAGACUUCUUAGGAGUGUGCAGUCAUCUUUGCACUGCGAAAGUAAAUCUUUGAAAACUUCAUUUGAGAGGUUGAAGUUAUAUGUACAACACACAAUAAAAGACUAUUACAAGAUUGAAGCUGUCACUUCUUUUGGCAAGGAAAACUUAUGUGAUGGAUAUAAAGGUUCACCAACGACAGAUACUCAGGCCGCUAACAUAAAUUCCCGAUCGGAUGUGAAAACUUCAGAAAAUACAAAAUAUGCCAAUCAACUUGAAGAAGUAACAAAAAAUCAUGAACAAUACAAAAUGAAAGCUGAAGAAAAAUUGCAAAUUUUGCAAGAGAAAAAGGAGAGUUUGGAAAUAACUAUAAAAGAGAUUCAGAAAAAUAACGAAGGCCUAGAACAUCAGAUACAAGUUCUACAAAGCAAUAUUAAAGAGUUACAAACGAAAACGAUUGCACUGGAAGAGGAUAUGAACAGAUCAAAGCAGACAAUUACAGUUCAGUUAUUUCAUAACCUAAAAGGAGGCAUGAUUUCUACAUUAUUGUACGAGCUUAAAUCGAUGCUUGCAACCCAACUGAACAUGAAAAGACACGAAGUGCAGUUUGUUUUAUGUCAGUCAGAGACGGACGUAAAUCCUCAAAUACCUGUUUUUGUGUUCUGCAUCAAUAGUUCACGAUUGGGAACAGACGCUGGACUGGCAAUACAAAAUUUAAAAGUGUCAUCUAAAAUGUCCAUAUUAAUAUUCCACCACAAAGACGUUCAUGCAUUACCAAAUCAGGCAAGUGAGAGAGUACUAACAGAACCGGAGUUCAAAGGUCUAGGAGGAAUUUUUGAUAUAGGAUUUCUUUCUGGAAAGGGAAUAUAUGCAUGUGACAUGAACCGUGCUGCUUCAGCUGGCAUUGAAAGUUUUCUUAGAGCAGCACAGAGCUAGAAAAUAACCAGCUAGUGAAGGAUUUUUUACGGACAAUCGCAUUGUUUUGACGUGCCAUUUGGUUUGAAACAACUAUGUAUAUGCAAUCAUAAUUAUUAUGGUGUAAAUUUUAUCUGCGAAAAUAUUUGCAUGAAUUUGCUUCAUUUUCAUAAAUGAUCUUUCAUUUCAAAAUAUUUUUUUUUGGUAACGGGUUGACAGGUAACAUUUUAUAGUUAAUGAUUUUUUUGUCAUUAUAACUUGAAGUGUUCAAACUUUAUAUAAUAGAGGACCAAUUUCACUUUUUUUAACAUUGUUACAUAUGCAUUUUAUACUAAAAUGUAUAAAAAGUUAAGGUUUAAGGUUUAUGAUUAUUUUGUCAAUAUGAGAAGUAUUCAAACUUAAUAAAGUCGAGGAUCAAUUUCAUUCUUUUUCGACACUGUUAUAAAUAAACUGUAUAGUAAAACGUAUAAAAUGUUCAUUUACAAGUAAAUGAUUAUUAUGUCAAUAUGAGAAAUGUUCAAACCUGACAUAGUUGUGGACCAAUGCCAUUUUUUCUUUCGAUACUGGUAUAUAUAUACAUUGUAUAGUCAAAUGUAUAAAAUGUAAGUUUCUAUUUUGUCAAUAUGAGAAGUCCAAAGUUUAUAUACUCGAGGACCAAUUUCAUUCUUUUUCCAUACUGGUAUAUACAUAUGUAUAUACAUUGUAUAGUCAAAUUUGUGAAAUGUUAAAGUUUAUGACUAUUUUGUCAAUAUGAGAAGUUUUCAAAUGUUACAUAGUAGAGGACCAAUUUCAUUUUUUUCGUAUAUAUAUUUAAUCGAAUGUAUAAACA